UCCGCGGAGGGUGGCGCAGUAUGGCAGCAGCAGUGCUAACACACUGGCGGAGGGGAGUUUUUCAGACUGUGGGUAAUGGAGCGGUCGGCCUCCUUUCCACAAAGUUUAUCCAGGGGGCCAGACAGAAAUCCAGUGUACAGUACAUAUCACGGCCAGACUUGCCAAAGCUGGCAUAUCGCAGAAUAAAGGGAAAGAGCCCAGGAGUGGUGUUUUUGCCUGGAUAUGGCUCGAAUAUGAGUGGACAGAAAGCAGAAGCGUUACAGGAUUUCUGCAAGUCAUUAGGCCAUUCAUAUCUGAGGUUCGAUUAUACAGGCCAUGGAGCUUCAGAAGGCGUUUUCUCAGAGGGCACUAUUGGAACCUGGAAGAAGGAUGUACUCUUCAUGUUAGAUGAAGUUGCUGAAGGACCUCAGAUCUUAGUGGGCUCUGGAAUGGGCGGCUGGCUAAUGCUACUUGCUGCUAUCGCCCGACCUGAGAAGACGAAAGCUUUGGUGGGCAUCUCAACAGCAGCUGAUCACUUUGUUACAGCUUUUAAGUCACUUCCUCUAGAGGCAAGGAAAGAGUUUGAAGACAAGGGCGCGUGGACGAUCCCGACGAAAAGCAACGAAGAGGGUGUCUACUCGGUGAGCAUGGACUUCCUGAAGGAGGCGGAGAACCACUGCAUCCUGCAGAGCCCCAUCCCCAUCACCUGCCCUGUGCGUCUCAUCCACGGCCUGAAAGAUGAGGACGUGCCUUGGCACAUUUCCAUGCAGGUAGCCGAGCGAGUGCUGAGUGCCGACGUGGACGUCAUCCUCCGGCGCCACGGCCAGCACCGCAUGGCAGAUAAGGACGACAUCAAACUCAUGGUCUAUACCAUUGAUGAUCUCAUAGACAAGCUGACCACCAUGGUGUGAGCAAAAAUAGUGGGAUGUUCCUGACCCCAAUUCCUUUUGCCAAACCCUCUCCACCUAUUUGUCCUCAAAGAUAUGAUGCUGCAAAGACAAGAACAAGAGGAGAAAAACUUGUGGCAGGACUUGUGGAGAGAAAGGAAAACACCAAACCUUAAAACCUGGUUCCUUAGUGCCUUCAGUGUUUUUUCUUUUCUUUUUUUAUUACUUGUUUGUUUCAUUUUCAACUCUGUGUAGCUCAGUUCUCUGAUAAAAGCUGCUUUAUUGUUGACAAAAUUAUUAUGCUGGUCUGUUAUAUUGGUCUCCUGUGCCUUUUUAAUCAAAGUAUCUUAAGGAAAUAAAACCUCUUUAUAUCAGUU